UGUUAUACAAAAGUGUGACCACCUCACACGAGAGAGCGCAGGGCAUGAGGCACGUUUGUCAUAAAUAACUGUUUUGCCGCGCGCUUUUGUUCUGUAGGUGUGACUCGGGGCACUACAUGGCCGUGUGAUAAGGUGCAGGAGUGACCCGGGUCCUGCCUCCUCCGCUGACAUCACCGCUCCUCACCAGCAGCAGCAGCAGCAGCAGCAGCAGCAGCACCUCCAUCACACACUGAGAAGAGUGUCCCGCGGUGACCGAGGGGCGAUGCGUUCACGCCAUUCAUUCUCUGACGCGCACUCAGGACACAGCCACAGUCGCACCGGGACCGCUUUUUGAGAAGGAGCCACAAGAGGAGAAGCAAGGAUGACAGAGGAAAGCAGAGGCAAGCGAAGGAAGCAAGCCAACCCCAGGAGAAACCGAGUGGAGGCCGAUCAGGUGACCUCCCUGGGAUCUGAGGGGGAGGAUGAGGUGGGCGUGUGGAGCCUAGACCCCCAUGAGGGCCCGGAGAGCCUGGACAAGGCGAGCCUGACACCCAGUGAGGGCACAGAGGAGCCUGGCAGUCCCCUCCGCUCUGUACAAGGACACAGCCAGAGCCCUUCUGUGACUGACCCGUCAGAGGAGAAGGACACAGGGAGCAUGUACCGUAAGACCUCAGAUUCCCAGAAUGCCUUGGAGGACUUGGCACACUAUGAGUUCCUAGCCCAGCUGAGGAGAGCCUCAAACUCAACGAGUAUUUUGGGCCAUCUGACCCAGAAUGGCAGCACACCACUGUACCAUCAGAACAGUAACCAUGAUGACCUACCCGCCGCCAUCUGGUCUCCUGGAGCUCAGCAUUGCUCUCCUGAUGCAGCAGAUGGUGGAAAGAGCCUGCAGGCCUGUCCGUUCUGCCACAGGACGUACCCGCGCACUGCUCUCAGGGACCACAUCAAGUACUGUCAGGAGCAGGACGAUGGGCCCAUGGUCUGCCCUCUCUGUGGAUACACUGCCACCCUCAGGGCACAGAUGGAACGGCACCUUGCACUGCACAACCAGCUUCAGGAAAAAAGUGCUAUAACUUUUGAACAAGGCCCAGAGACGAGGAAGUUUAAAUGUCUUCAAUGUGGGAAAGCAUUUAAGUACAAACACCACCUCAAAGAGCAUCUUCGAAUCCACAGUGGUGAGAAGCCAUAUGAAUGUUCCAACUGCAAGAAGCGUUUCUCGCACUCGGGAUCUUAUAGCUCUCAUCUGAGCAGUAAAAAGUGCCUUAGCAGUGGAGGAGGCAGCGCUGGAGCCACUGGCGCUACUUUGAACGGCCACAGCCCAAAUAUGUUUCAGGCCACGUUUCAGACCUCUCCCUCUGCAGGCGGAGGGAGGGGCGCUAUUGACAAACCAGAGGACAACAAGCAACUUCACAAGGGCUUCCCCAGGCCUGUAGACAUGGGGCGAAUGUGGGACCCUCAAUCAGAGCUAGCGUUAAGGGCAAGCAUCCUCAAAGGCACCACCCUGCUGCCUUAUCUCAACUCUGGAACCAAAUUCGAGCAGGUGCUACAGAAGAUGCUAAACAGGGAAGUGAAACAAGAGGAGGAGUUGGACAUAGAUUCUAAAAUGGAGGACAAGAAAGAGGUUUACAAUGGGGAGAAAGAGGGACUCAGGGUCUCCUGUCGAUUUUGCUCGCAGCUUUUCCCAAACGUGGCUGUCCUCCUUCAGCAUGAGAGAUACCUGUGUAAAAUGAACCGUGAGGAAACUGAGAACGGGAAACCGCACGAAGUCGCUAACGGUAUUCCCAUCAACAAUUCGCCUCCGCAGAAGUCCAACUGGCACUCUGUCCCACAACAACUUCUGGUCGCCAUGCACUCACCACCUCAGCUGUCCUCCAGACCGCCAAUUUGGGCCGCACAGGAGAAAGGAAGCCCAAUUCAAAUGCUUAACAACUCGCCUAAACUAUCAUCUCCUCAGAGCAGGAAGAACACAGCUGGUUUUGUCUCUCCUCCGUGUCUCGAUCUCACCAACUGCCCACCGGAACUGCUGUCACCCAGAAACCAGAGUGAACCACUAGAUCUGUCCAUGCCUAAAGAGAGCAAAAACAAAACCCCCAAUGGUAUCAAAAGCAGAGGAGAGAAAAGGGAGUUUCAACAAAUCAGGAAACUAAGUCCAACUCAUCCCACAUUUGUGCCUCUGCCUCAUCAUCCGGCUUAUGGGGCUCCCGGCACGCCCGUCUUUGCUAGUUCGAUGUACGGAGCGUUUCCGGUCUUUAAUCAGUCGGGAUUAGGACAUGAAGGCAUCGCCCCGCUUCCGUUUGGACAACCAGCAAGUAGUCCUGGGUUUUUGUCACCUAUGGCAUACAUGAUGGACAGUGAAGCAGAGGCAGCACUCAAGAAAAUCCACCAAGAGAGACAAGCAUUAAUGGGUGAGAUGUUAAGCCGUGGUGGUCUGGACUAUCUCUCCCUGAUAGACGAUGGGUUUGAUGGUGAAGGAGGACCAGGAAGGAAAAGACUGAAGAAAACUGAAGAAGGACUGUACGCCUGUGACAUCUGUGAUAAGACGUUUCAGAAGAGCAGCUCACUUUUACGGCACAAAUAUGAGCACACAGGCAAGCGUCCACAUGAUAGCAUCUGCAAGAAGGCCUUCAAACACAAGCACCACCUGAUCGAGCACAGCAGGCUUCACUCUGGAGAAAAGCCCUACCAAUGUGACAAGUGCGGCAAACGCUUCUCCCACUCCGGCUCCUACUCCCAGCACAUGAACCAUCGCUACGCCUACUGCAGCAAGGACCAGGACCCCGACCAGGACCCAGACGAGAUGCCCCUCACCCCGGGCAUGGCUGGCAGCUUCAGUGGGCGCCUGGGGGAGCCCGAAGACCCCCAUAUGUCCUUAGAGGAAACCCAAACGCCACACUCGUUUCUUAGCGAUUCAAGCCUGGAUGGAGCAAUGGAGGCGAUGAAGGAGGAAGAAGAGGAGGGGGAGGAAGAGAUACACAGCAUGGGUGACACAGAUGUUCACAAGUCACCAUCAGGAAAAUGUGGAGCGUCAAAUGACAUAGACAGUCAUGGAGAAAGCAAUACGUGGGGCUCAAAUGGACCUAUGGACAAAUGUGAACUGAAGUUAGAAAUGACAGAUUCACAGCUACCACGGAUAAAAACCUGAAGUGACUUUUACCAAGCAAUUUCAAUGCAUAAACUGUACAUAUCAACUACUUUUACAUGUUACACUUUUUAAACAACCAAAUGAAGCCAUACAAUACAAUGUGAUGAUACACAAAUCUAUGUAAAGAAAUACUAUGCCAAAAAUGACUUCUGCAAUGUUACAGACAGUUGUCUCACCAAUGUGCCAUUUCAAGCUUCCUGCCAAGUUACAGAAGUGAAUGAAGGGCAGAAUAAAAAAGAAGGAAAUCUAUAUUUAUUAUUACUAAUAACUGCAUAAUAAGUGGCAUUUCUUUGUUUUCAUGUAACCAAAUAACGUCCAUAAAAUACACAGGCAGGUUCAGUGUAUCAAAAGCCAUUGUUCACAUAAAUCAUGCUGUGAAAUUACAAUGUCACUUAUGAGACAGGUUGAACCCCUUACUAUAGUGUUAAAUAUACUUAUUUAUUUUUUAUAUGCAGUCAGCAAAGGACUGCCACUUUUCAAAUAUUCAUAGCAGUAUUUUUGCAACAAGCAAAUUUUUUCUACAAAUGUUUUCAUGAUUUUAUAUCUUUCUAUUGUGAGCAUUUGAACACUUGUAGCCACUAGUAAGUUGCACAUUUGAAACAUUUGUCAGUUUUAACUUCCUUUUUGGUGGUUGUUAGAGUAAAAAAGUGCCUGUGUAUGUACAAUGAAGAAGACACUGUGAGUAAUGGGACAAACCUUUGGUAUAGAGAGAUAAGAUGUGGUGCUUGAGGUGUGACUAAGCUUGUAGCACUCAUGCAUACCGCCACUAGAACAAUGCAACGUGCUAACUGCCUUUUCGGCACAGAACUGUCUCACGCAUUUUGUACCAACCAGUAUUUUUAACAGCACAAUGCAACUUUUGGAUGUUUUCAUUGAUUUUGUAUUUUUUGCAUGUUGUCAAUUUUGUAAUAAAAUUGUACAUAUUUUGA